CUCCUCUGAUGGCAGCAAUGCUAUUGAAGGUCGGUUUUAUAGCAGCACUCAUGGCAGGCUGUGUGUUGCCGAGCUGUGCAGUAGAACAGAAGACGAGAGGAAGUGGAGAACCGCAGAGCCCUAACAAGAACACCGACAGGGACAUCAAGGUGAGGAAGAAUUACAUAACCGCUAAUGACAGGAGGCCUGAAGCUGCGACUCCGAGAAAGAAGGUCGUCAAGGCGGGGAGAGAGCGAGUUUCUCCGGGACUGAGAGACGACACCAGCUGCACCAGACUGGGGGGCAUCUGCCGGCCCGGCCGAUACAUCUGCCAAGGCCGAUUUCUGAAAGACAAGUGUUCCGGAGCCAAAGGGCGGCAGUGCUGCAUGCCAGUCGGAGCCUGGAGUGUCCUUUGUGCUGGCCACCACAACAACCGAGUGAGAGCCUGUGAUACGCACGGCUGUGGAGCAUUCAACGCCAAAAGAGUUAAUAGCCUCCAUAAAGCGGUGGAUCUGGUGUGUGAUGACUACGGUAUCAUCAACGCUCCAUUCACCGGCUCUCUGGCGGGUCCGGUCACUCGAAAGGACCCAUCUGGUAAUCAGUACGAUGGAGUCAAGCUCCUCAGUGAUGUGCACUGUGUGAAGAUCUUCAACAUCCGGCCCUACCGCUACUUGGGACCCGUGGCUCAGGGAGACGCCCUGGGCUACCUGCUGCCCCUGCAGGAGCGCUUCCCCGGCAUCACUUCACACCUGGAGUUACAGAUGUGCGACGGUGCUGAUCCUUCUCCGUUCAUAUGAGAGUGAGAUUUCACCUUGGAGAAGUUAUCUGAGAUGUGUCCUCAUUCGUACACAUUUGACUCCCUGUAGCCUGGACUCAGCACUCGGCAGCUGAAAACCUACAAAUUAGACUUCAAAUAUGUUUGUAUGUCCUGAAAUGAAGUCUGUUAUUAAUUCAG